AUUGAUCGUUCCUGUGUAGUGACUGACUGAUAAUCUCGAGAAUGUCGUAUCAAAACUUUGAAAUAUAUUCUGUUUAUUGAUGCCUGAACAAGAACUUCUACGGGUAUAUUGGAUGAGAAGUGUUGAAGAAACGCAUUAUUAAGAAUUUACAAGAAACAUGACGACUGCGUUGUAUUUAGAGCAUUAUUUAGAGAGUCUAGAACAUCUGCCUAUUGAAUUGCAAAGGAAUUUCACAUUAAUGCGGGAUUUGGAUGCCAGAGCUCAAGGACUUAUGAAAGACAUUGACAAAUUAGCUGAUGAUUACUUGAAGAACAUUAAUAAGGAAACACAAGAGAAGAAAAAAGAGCAACUUAGUCAUAUUCAAAGUCUUUUCAAUAAAGCUAAAGAAUAUGGGGAUGACAAGGUGCAACUUGCAAUACAAACUUAUGAAUUAGUGGACAAGCAUAUCCGAAGGCUGGAUUCAGACUUGGCUAGAUUUGAAGCAGAGAUACAGGAAAAAGCGUCGAACAGUAAUCGGGCACAGGAGGAAAGUAAUGCAAGUAAAAAGGGUCGUAAAAAAUUGAAAGAGAAGGAAAAGCGAAAGAAGGGUACGACAGGAGCUAGUAGUGAAGACGAAUCUAAAAAUGCACGGAAGAAGCAAAAGAAAGGUGGUUCUGUUACUUCGGCAGCUGCAACUGGUGCUGUAGGUAGUGGUGCUCAAGCAGAUACUAGUGCUUUAGGUCAUCCAGCAGAUGUUUUGGAUAUGCCUGUUGAUCCAAAUGAACCCACUUACUGUCUUUGCCAUCAGGUGUCGUAUGGUGAAAUGAUUGGUUGUGAUAAUCCAGAUUGCCCUAUUGAAUGGUUUCACUUUGCCUGCGUUGGGCUAACUACAAAGCCUAAAGGCAAAUGGUAUUGUCCAAAAUGUACACAAGAUCGAAAGAAGAAGUAAUUCUCCAUGCAUAAAGAAUAAAAGUGCUAAGCACUUUUUUCUAAAAGGAACUCCAUCGUACACUAUUUCUAAAACUAGUUCGUUAAUGAUUUCAUGCUUUGACAUGAACUAAAACUGAACUAUAUAACAAAUAGGAAAUUUUAUGAAACAUUUAAUAUUGCGUCUUCAUUGUAUCUAACCUUGGAAGCGUAUAUUUAUAAUUCACAUACAUCGGACUCGCGCAAAGAUUUAUAAUUUUAAUAAGUUAUAUAUUAAAAUUUCCAUAAACUUUUGUACUGUGUACAGAAUUUUAUGGUGAACGAUGUAUGGCACUUAUACGCGGUGCUAACAGUGCACUACAAAAAUCAGUUUAUGAUUGAAGGUUCACAUACUGAUCUGCUUCCAAUUUUUGAUGUAAUGAAAAUUGCGUAUGUACUAGCUUAUCACAGCGAUCAAACAUUUUGAGAAUCGGCCAAUACAUUGUUUUUCUUUUUUAACAACCCAGGGUAGUAUUUAUUAAUUUAAUUAAUGUCCGAAGAAUUUUACACUUUUUAUAUUUUAAUUGUAUUUGGCCGUUUUUUGAAUAUCUGUGGUUUGCUAUACAUGAUUAUGAAAAUAUUGCCCUAUCAUAUAGUAUUAAAUUGCAAUUAUACUCUCAAUUAUAAUAGUUAAUUAUUGUUUUUAUAUUUUAUGAAUGUAUAUUGGUACUGGAUAGCAUCGACCGUCAGAUCUCGAAGCAACAAAUGUAACAUAAGUAGAAUAUAUAAUUAAUAAGAAAUAUAUUUGAUUUAGAAAAGAGUAGUCUGCGAACUACUGUCACUCUAUUCCAGUAAUGUAUUUUUGUAAGCAUCGUACGCGGAGAAUACAGUACAUUACCAUUUGAAA